CCCGGAUGACGCUGAGCUUCCGGGGUCUGUAGCUGGAGAGGAGGAAGAGCGGGAUCAGCUGAACCUCAGAAGAAAUGAAAAUAUUUUCCUGAAAUUCAUCACCAACAACCAGGAUAUUUAACUAAGAGCAAAGUUAAACUGCUGAAAGAGGUGAAGCAGAAGCCUUCCUGAAGAAUCUCCAGAACACGCAGAAACAGUUUGCUACAUUUAAAAGGCAAAUGAAGCAAAGUCCUGACAUGGAGAAACAUCAGCACUCUGUCAAGAGUUUUACUAAACAGAGUGAUCUCAAAAAACACCAGCGUAUUCACACAGGAGAGAAACCGUAUCACUGCUCAGACUGUGGAAAGAGUUUUACUACCCAGAGUGAUCUCAAAAUACAUCAACGCAUUCACACAGGAGAGAAACCGUAUCACUGCUCAGACUGUGGGAAGAGUUUUACUCAACAGAGUAAUCUCAAAAAGCACCAGCGCAUUCACACAGGAGAGAAACCGUAUCACUGUUCAGACUGUGGGAAGAGUUUUACUCAACAGAGUGAUCUCAAACAACAUCAGCGCAUUCACACAGGAGAGAAACCGUAUCACUGCUCAGACUGUAGGAAGAGUUUUAUUACACAGAGUAAACUUAAAAUACAUCAGCGCAUUCACACAGGAGAGAAACCUUAUUACUGCUCAGACUGUGGGAAGAGUUUUACUCAACAGAGUGAUCUCAAACAACAUCAGCGCAUUCACACAGGAGAGAAACCGUAUCACUGCUCAGACUGUAGGAAGAGUUUUAUUACACAGAGUAAACUUAAAAUACAUCAGCGCAUUCACACAGGAGAGAAACCUUAUUACUGCUCAGACUGUGGGAAGAGUUUUACUCAACAGAGUGAUCUCAAAAAACAUCAGCGCAUUCACACAGGAGAGAAACCGUAUCACUGCUCGGACUGUGGGAACAGUUUUACUACACAGAGUAAUCUCAAAAUACACCAGCGCAUUCACACAGGAGAGAAACCGUAUCACUGCUCAGACUGUGGGAAGAGUUUUACUACACAGAGUAAACUCAAAAUACAUCAGCGCAUUCACACAGGAGAGAAACCGUAUCACUGCUCAGACUGUGGGAAGAGUUUUACUACACAGAGUGAUCUCAAAAAACACCAGCGCAUUCACACAGGAGAGAAACCGUAUUACUGUUUCGACUGUGGGAAGAGUUUUACUCAACAGAGUGAUCUCAAAAUACAUCAGCGCAUUCACACAGGAGAGAAACCGUAUCACUGCUCAGACUGUGGGAAGAGUUUUACUAAACAGAGUGAUCUCAAAAAACACCAGCGCAUUCACACAGGAGAGAAACCGUAUUACUGCUCAGACUGUGGGAAGUGUUUUACUGAACAGAGUACUCUCCAAAUACACCAGCGCAUUCACACAGGAGAGUAAUAUAAUACAGGAAAUUGACAAAUCCUGCACCUAACAGCUGGGGUUAUGCAUAGGGCUCAGCCAGGAUCUACUACUCACUCAACUAACAACAAUAGCAAAACCACCACAAUCUGAUACUGGCUCGACAAGAAUCCAGAAGCACAGCCUAACACUAUGGUCCAUUGCCUCAACUGCCAAGUAACAGACCUACCAAAAAAUAACCUAUGAGCAAACAGAAUCCCUCCUUAAUCUAAGCUCACUUCCUUUAACAAUGGCAACAACACACUUACCUAAGCACAAUCACACACAAUAAAUCACAUUAUAAGUUGCGUGAGCAGAACACAGCAACCACUACCAUCUGAUACUGGCUCGACAAGAAUCCAGAAGCAUAGCGAACUAUGUUCAUGGUCCGUGCCUCAACUGCCAAGUACUCAGACGUCUACAAAAACUCAUGAGACAAAUUAUUACAAGAGCAGGACCGCACCAAUCCCCUUCAUCCAAACUCUAACACAAACUUCAGUGCAAGCUCUUCUCAGGGGUCAUCAGGCAGGCAGAAAAAUGUCCCAAAUUUGUCUCAUGGCAAUUAAAAGCGCAAAUCAUAAAUUCCACCAGAAACAAAUAUGAACUGUAUUUAACAAUGGAUUUUACAGGUUCAGCAAAACUAUUCUUAUCCAGGGAUGAUGUGUAUAGAAUUCCAUGUUAUGUUUGUAUGUCUUGUAAGUUUGAAUAUUCCAGGACAUUCUUUGUGAGACAGAGCUCAGUUUUUAGGUUAGUUACUGUUGCGCAGUAAGGUUACAGGCUCAUUCACUCCCUCUGCUGGUGUUCUUGUUUGUCUAUGGUUCAGUCCAAUUAAAAAUCUGUUACUAUAGAGGGAUAUA